UCUGUAACGUCAUUCUGACUAGUCAAAACUACAGUUACAGAUAUCUGUAAUUCAGUUUUGACUAGGCAAAAUCUUAUUACAGAUAUCAGCAAUGUCACUCAAAAUGAUAGUCAACUUGUCACACAUCGUAAAUGACAAUUGUAGAUAUCUGUAAUUCAGUUUUGACUAGUCAAAAAAAUCGUUCGAGAUAUCUCAAACGUCAACACGUGACGUUCCUCAUGCGAGGCUUGCCAUAAGCUUCCCAUUUUUAAACCAGAUUUUAAGACUUAGAGGCAAUGGCGGUUGCAGUUGUGGACAAGAUAGUUAGAAAAUGCCAUGAAAUUGAAAGAGCUUAUCAUCAAGGGAUUUGUGGCGAACGAGAGCUUCGUUCACUCGACAGUUGUAAUAUAAAUUUACAGCGUAUUGCAAAUGUUUUGUCUCCACACACGCUUGAGGAGCUACGACGAAGUCUGGAUGGUGUCAGAACACGGAUCUCGCGUGCUGGAGUAGCAGCAAAAUAUGUCGGGUUUUCGGCCCAUCGCAUUAAUUCAGGAUGGCGAGGGCGACCAGCCAUUCAUGUCACCAGGGACCAAAUUGACUUCCUCAUGAAGCAAGGCAACACAGUGAAACGAAUAGCCAAAAUUUUGGGAUGCUCCUCCUCAUUUCUUUACAAGAGGACAAAAUUGCUUGGGAUACCAGUGAGGAGAAGAUUUUCUGUGAUAGAUGAUGAAGAACUUGAACGUCACGUAAGUCGACUUCAAGGCCUGUAUCCAAACUCUGGAUAUGAGAUGAUGAGAGGCUUGCUACGUGCAGAUGGAUUGCUGCUUCCACGACGAAGGGUGCGUGAGAUGUUGGCCCACAUAAACCCAGCAGCUGCUGCUCGGAGGUGGAGCAGCACUGUGGCAAGACGGGUGUAUCAUAUACCUUACCCCAAUAGCCUGUGGCAUAUAGAUGGGAACAUGCGCCUCAUAAGAUGGGGCUCUGCAGUUCAUGGUGCCAUAGAUGGACACUCUCGGCUGAUCACUUAUCUGAACUGCAACACAAACAACCGUGCCACCACUGUACUGUGUCAGUUUCUUAAAGCCACAUGCCAUUAUGGACUACCCUCUAGAGUACGAUCGGAUUAUGGUGGUGAAAACCUGCAGGUGGCUUUACUCCUGAACCUUGUGCAGGGCAUCGAGCGCCGGAGUUUCAUCACUGGGGAAUCAAUCCACAACCAGAGAAUUGAGCGUCUUUGGAGGGAUGUGUUUUUGCAUGUGUUGCAGUCUUUUUACAGUACAUUCUACUCUCUUGAAGAUUCACAUCUUCUGGAUCCCAGUAAUGACAUUCACAAACUUUCACUCAGCAUGGUUUUUCUUCCUGAGAUUCAAAAAAGUCUGGAGCGCUUUAGGGAGGCCUGGAACAACCAUGCUUUGCGCAUGGAAAACAACCAAACCUCAAACCUCAAAACCAAAUCUCAAAUAUGGACGGAAGGCAUGCUCUCAAAUAUGGCAAGAGACAGUGCAGCGACCAACAAUGUGUUCGGGGAAAAUCCCUACAGCCCACACCAUUUGGAGGCAGUUCUGGCACAGCAUAGAAUUGACUCUUUACCUGCUACUGAUGAUGAUGAUCUUCCAGCUGUAAUUGUAGAGCAGUCUCAAAUCAAUCUCAGUCAGCAGCAACAGGAGUCAAUCUCUCAUGCCAUUGAUCACAUUUCUGAUUUGAAGAUGAAGUACCUGACAUGCUGUGCAGAAAUUACAAAUGUUAUGGCAACCUAAGACUUUUAACCCGUUUUUCAAAUGGGGAUGCCAUAUGACAUGUCUGAUGUCCUCUAUGACAGUAAACUGAAUAUCUUUGGUUUGUGGACAAAACAAGACAUUUGAGGACACCAUCUUGAGCUUUGAGAAACAUCAUUUUUCAACAUUUUAUAGAACAAAUGCAAUGGUCUAGGUCACAUAUGUCAAACUCAAGGCCCACAGGCAGAAUAUGGGUCGCCACGUCGUUUUAUGUGGCCCCCAGAGCCUAUGUAAGCUGUAUAUGAUUGUCUUAAAAUAAAAGUCUAUGCUACUUUAAAGCAUACAUUAACCAUAAAGUUAUAAUUUUGAGUUAAUUACAUACAAUAUACUACUUUUUAUGUGUAGCAGUGUAUUCAGUUUGUUUACAGGUGUAUGUGUUCCAUGCAGCCAAAUGUUUCAAACCAUCUCUCAUUAGUUGGAUGCAGGGUUCAAAAUUAACACCCCCCAAGCGCCAAAAGUGGGUCAGUUUUCUGUUUGGCGAAUAAAUCGAUUUAAAAACUA